CCCUCGCGGAAUACGCCAGGCGAAAGUGGGAGCGCAACGCUCCCGGAACCCCUUCUUUUGCUUGGGCAAAGGAGGAGAACUUCGUCAGGCGUCACUGCUUCGAGGGGACACCGGGUGUGCACGCACACCUUGACGAAUCGUCUGACCCGAUGGAGAUAUUCAGCAGCUUCUUCCCAGAGGAGUUGUUUCAAACAAUUGUGGAGGAGACGAAUCGGAAAGCAACCUACAUGUUGUUUUUCUGUGCUCUGCCUUGAAAUUUUCUACAUGUCCUUUUUUUGGAACACCUGAUUUACAAUGUAUUUUUUUCUUCCAACCGCUCGACAGAACCCGCGAACCCCUUCAUCCCACAUGAAGGGGUGGGAGGACACAACGGUGCGCGAGCUCCGCUCAUAUGUCGGCCUUAGGUUACUCAUGGGACUUCAUGGGAGGAGGAGGUGCCAGAGGGACCUUUGGUCGACGGACCCGUUGAUGUGCUCGUCGGUGUUCGUCAAGACCAUGUCCAGGGACCGCUUCGACAUCCUUAUCUCCAUCCUCCAAUUCGCUAACAACGAAGGGGAGCACAGCGCGGAGGACCGGUUGUGGAAGCUGCGCCCUGUGAUUGACGUCUUGGACUCGACGUACCGUUCCGUCUUCGUCCCCAGAAAGAACGUGACCGUCGACGAGAGCUUGUGGGCCUUCAAGGGGAGGCAUCAGGCCCUUCAGUACAACCCUAGCAAGAGGGCUAGGAGGGGCCUGAAGGUCUACAAGCUGUGUUCGUCCGACGGUCCAGAGGCAGGGUAUAAGGCGGCCUUCAAUAUUUACAUGGGGCAGGAUCGCGGCGAGUUUCCGGCGAGUAUUAAGGUCGUCGACGACCUGAUGGAGAAGGCAAAGCUGCUCGACAAGGGGUAUCAGUUGUACACAGACAACUGGUAUUCCUCCCCGACUCUCUUCCACUAUCUGCAGGCCCGUAAGACCACCGCCGUUGGCACAGUACGUGUCAACAGGAAGGGUAUGCCCUCGGACCUGCAGGCGAGUCGGCGACACAUCGACUUCCGGAGUAGCAAAACCGGAAUGCUUUGCCUGCAGUGGUUAGACAAGCGUCCUGUGACAAUGCUAUCCUCUGCCCACACAUCAAAGGUCGUUACCCUGCCUCCCAACCACCGAGGGGUGAAGAGGUCGAAGCCCGAGGUCGUUGUCAGUUACAACAACGGCAUGAAGGGCGUCGACCUCUCGGAUCAGCUGGCGCAGUCAUAUCCAGCAACCAAGAAGACCAUCAAGUGGUGCAAAAAGGUAUUUUUUUACCUGCUGGAUAUGACCACCAUCAACGCGCUGGCUGUCCACCGGGCCCUCGGCGGUAAGAUGCCUCAGUGGAAGUUCCGUACGGAACUAGUUCGGGAAUUGCUGCAGCGAGGUGGCCGACCUGCCUCCUUCCGGCGGAACCCUCCUCAGAACCACAUGCCAGUCGACACCCCAUUCCGGAGGUGGCGGAGAUGUGCGCUCUGCUGGAGGAACAACCGGCGCAGGAAGGAGACCAGAGUCAUGUGUGCCCACUGCAGCGUUUCCCUAUGUCCCGCACCCUGCUUCCAGGCAUACCAUGCCUAAUUUAGAAAAAAAAUAAAA